UCAGAGACGGGAGGCCGAGCUGGACCCAAUAAACCACCAGCACCGGCGAAACCAGAGCGGAGGAGAUACCGAAGCGGAUAAACAGGAAUAAAAAAAUAAACGGAAAACAAAAACUUUGACUGAAAGUAUUUCUGAAACGGUUCUGCUUCUUUAAGAGUCGGGUUUUUUUUCGACAUCCUUUCCUAGCCGUCUUAGCUAUCACCCUGGAGCAUGAACCGGCAGGCUGACUGCUGCUAACCCCGCACCGGUCUGUCUCCAUCAUCCACGCUGAUCCACGCAGAUUCUCCCCUUUCAGUUUUUUUCUUGGCUCAGCAUCCAUAUUUGCAUCCCAGGGAGUGGCAGGCACUAAUCCGCCCUGUCUCUCCCCCUCCUCCCGCCGGUGAGGACCUAGAAGUUAGCCGCUCCUCGGACACCCCUCGGACUCCGCAUUUCCACACAGGAAGCUAAACAUGGAGAACAACAGCCUCCGCUCUUUGAUCUAGUACCGGAUCCAUACGCCUCCAGAAGAUCUCUCCAGAUCCCCGCCGUGUCCCUGCUCCUGUAAAAUGAACAUGCUGAAAUCCAGUGGACUGAAGAUUCCCGGCCGUGGGGCCAAGCAUUCCAGCCCGGUGGGACGGAGCUCUGUGGGUGGAACGUCCAGCCCUGUCGCCACUAAAGACAGCACUCCACCGAAGGCUGCCACUCCAGCUAAAAUCUCAGAAGAAGGCGAUGAUGUUGUAGGAGACUACACUGUUGGCGAACAGGUGUGGGUCAACGGCGUCAAACCCGGAGUCAUCUCCUACCUCGGGGAGACCCAGUUUGCCCCCGGACAGUGGGCCGGAGUCAUACUGAAUGACCUAGUUGGCAAGAACGACGGGUCGGUGGGCGGCGUGCGCUACUUCGAGUGCCAGCCCCUCCAGGGCAUCUUCACGCGGCCCUCCAAGCUCACCCGACAGCCGGUCGGAGAGGGGAGCGACAGCCACUCCACUGACUCAGCCCAGAAUCAGACUCACCAAGGCGGCACUGGCGCCCCUGCUGGCCCGAGGGUGGUGGUGCCGCUCAGAGAAGGGCUCCUCAACAGCGCAGUGAAAACGGGAAAUGAGUCGGGUUCCAAUAUGUCGGACAGCGGCUCAGUUAAGAAAGGUGGAGAUAAAGACCUGAGAGUUGGAGAUCGAGUUCUGGUGGGAGGCUCUAAGAUGGGAGUAAUACGUUACAUGGGGGAAACGGACUUCGCCAAGGGUGAAUGGUGCGGGGUGGAACUGGAUGAGCCUCUGGGGAAGAACGACGGUGCAGUGGCUGGUACAAGAUACUUCCAGUGCCUUCCGAAGUUUGGCCUGUUUGCUCCCAUCCACAAGGUGAUCCGCAUUGGUUUCCCCUCCACCAGCCCGGCCAAGGCCAAGAAGAGCAAGCGGGUGGCCAUGGGGGUCUCCUCUCUGGCCCACAGCCCCAGCAGCUCCUCCAUCAGUUCAGUCAGCUCGGUGGCCUCCUCUGUGGGUGGACGCCCGAGCCGAGCUGGACUGCUGACGGAGACGUCGUCACGCUACGCCCGGAAGAUCUCCGGCACCACGGCGCUCCAGGAGGCCCUGAAGGAGAAGCAGCAGCACAUCGAACAGCUGCUGGCCGAGAGGGACCUGGAGCGCGCAGAGGUUGCGAAGGCAACCAGCCACAUCUGCGAGGUGGAGAAGGAGCUGAGCGUCCUCAAGGCUCAGCAUGUGCAGUACGUGACGGAGAACGAGAGCGCCCUCCAGCAGGUCCAGACCAUGUUGGCCAGCACACAGAAAGACAAGCUGGAACUGGCCAAUCAGCUCGAAGAGGAGAAGAGGAAAGUGGAGGACCUCCAGUUCAGAGUGGAAGAAGAGUCCAUCACCAAAGGAGACCUGGAGACUCAGACGAAAUUGGAACAUGCCCACAUUCGUCAACUUGAGCAGAGUCUGCUGCUCGAAAAAUCGAGAGCAGAGGCGCUCCAGAAAGAAUUAGAGAGGCGAAGGCAAACCACCGUAGAGGAGCAGAGUCGCAUCAUGCAGCUGGAGGAGGAGCUCGCCCUCCGAAGGGCUGAGAUCAAAGACCUCCAGGUUCAGCUCAGACGGGUCGACGUGAGCUCCCAACAGGAGGUCCCGGGGACCGACGCCAAGCCGGAGACCGUGCUGCUGCGUGAACAGCUACUGACGGUGGGCCGCGAGCACCACAAGGAGAGCAGCGAGCUCAAAGAAAAAUACGAGACAGCGUUGGCGGCAAGCCAGCAGGAGGUGGAGUCACUGAGGACGGUUGUGGAGAAACAGAGCGCUGAGAUCGGCGAGAUGAAGCAGAAAGUCCAACAAGCCACCAGGGAGAACGUAGAAAUGAUGGACUCCUGGAAGACUAAGUUUGACAUGUUGGUGACUGACCAUCAACGAUCCUUGGAGGAGCUGAAGGCAUCACUGAGCAGAGGUCAGUCUGCUCCACAAGGCCAGGAGCAAGACGCCCAGGAACUGAGGACCACUCUGGAGAGUCUAAAGAUGGAGCACCAGCUGGAGGUGGAGAACUUGAAGGCCAAACACAAGAUUGAAGCCGCCGUUCUGAUCAAGGAGCGCGAGGAUCUCUUCAAUCGCCUUCAGGAGGCCAGAGACCAGCUGAAUGAAGGAAGGUCUGACAUGGAGACUCAGAGCAGCAAGGCGGCGCUGAGCGAGGCCUCCCAGAAGCUGCAGAGGGCGGAGGCUCAGCUGGCAGAGAUGGAGCUGCUCCAAGUGGAGCGGGACAAAACAACAACAGAGCUUCGAGACAGACUGGAGCUGUCAGAGAAGAAGAUGACGGACUACCAGGCCCUGCAGAAGGCCCAGGCUGAGAGCCAGGAGGAGAUCCAGAAACUGGAGGAGAAGCUGAGGGUGACAGCAAACCAGCUGCAGGCUGUGCAGGCAGACCACUUUAAACCUCACGAUGCAAAUAUGAUAGAAGAUAAUGAAAUUUCAGAUGAGAAGAAGAAACUGAAACAGAAUAUUGAAGAAACAAUGGAGAAGUUGAUGAAAAGGGAAAAAGAAGUCUUCACACUCUCUUCCCAGGUCGAAGCUCUGAAAACACAGAGUGGAGCUCUGGAAAGUAAAGUUCGCUCUGGGGAAAAGAAAUUUGAAGCUUUAGCCAAGGAGAAGAUGCGUGUGGAGGCGGAGCUGGAGGCCAUGACCAAGAAGUCCCAUGAUGCAUCAGGGCAGCUGGUCAGCAUAAGCCAGGAGCUGCUGAAGAAAGAAAGGAGUCUGAAUGAACUGCGGGUGUUACUCCUGGAGUCCCACCGCCACUCUCGGGACGUGGAGAAAGACCUGAGCCGAGAGGUGCACAAGGCUGAGUGGAAGGUCAAGGAGCAGAAACUUCAGGACGACAUAAAGACCCUGAGAGAAAAACUGCUUCUGCUGGGAAGGGAGCGGUUGUCUCCUGACCACAGGCGGUACUCUAUGCUCGACCCGUCAGCUCUGGACUCGGAGGUUAGCCGCCUGCGCCAGCGGCUGCUCAACACUGAGGACGCCCUGAGGAACGCCUUGGAGCACAACCAGCAAGUCGACAAGCUUGUCCAGGCCAUGCGAAGACAUCCAGAUAAGAGCCAGGUUCUUGGUGCAAAUUCGGCGAAUGGAAUUCAUCACCAGGAAUCAGACAGCACUCAAGAGAAACAACACUGAUGGAGGCAGCAGCGAUGAUGGGGUGGGCGACUCCAACGUGAACCCAGACUGACGUUGGGACCUGCAGACGGGAGCAGAGCGUCUCCCGUCAAAUGCCUGAAAAACUUUUCCGUUUACAGUCAAUGAAUACCAAAACAGUGAAUUUAUAUGUUGUUGCAGAAUGCACCUAAUAGCCAAUCACGAAGAUCACUUAAAGUACUAUAAAGUAUGGGACAUGAAGAGAUAUUAUCAGUGAAAUAACUGCUGAGAACUCAAGAGAAUGGCAGCUUUGGAUGCUUUACAGUAGUUAGAAAGCUUCAUUCAACAAGUCAGCGAGAACUUCUAUUUUGAAGGAAGAGCUAUCUGACUGACUCUUGGUCGCUUUCUUUGUUUUAUUUAUUGCUGUUAUUUUUGACAUUUUGCUUUCUAAUAAUCCUCUGUACUGCUCGAAGAAACACCCGAAUUCUGACGUUUCUAUUAGAUUCUGACUCAAGCUGAUGUCACCGAACUGUAAAGGUCAAAACUCCCUGUGUAGCGCACACAAGCAACAGAAAUGUUAUCUCUUUUUAAUCCCUUCAUGAUUGUAGUCAGGUUGUAUGCAUUGUAUAAAUUUUAGAUGUCCCUUUUAUAACAUCCCUAUGAAUGAACCAAGUGUGGCCCAAAUAGAACAGAACAGAAUUUGCAGCGUAUCCUUUUUUUAAAAUCAGUCGCAACAAAAGUGCAGAAACAACCAACAAGUCACUCCAACCUAAAUAAACAGAGUUACCAGGAGCAACUAUGUGUCUUAAUAUAAACGUUAAAUGCCUUUUCCAUCCUUUCAGUGCAUUAUUAUGAAACAACAAGCCAGCAGUGGAAAGCAUCAGUAUGCUUGCAGUUGUCUGAUAUAAACCCACUGGGAACUGUAGUGAAACACCACAGUGGAGUUUUCUGAUGUGGAUUUAAUGCUCUUGUGGACCAGCGGUGGGAGAACCAGUAGAACCAGCACCAGAGGACAGAAGUUUUCAUUUGGACUGAAGGAGUUGUGUAAAAUCAGGCACAUAAUGUCACUAUGACUACAUUCACACAUAAACAAGCCAAAUCCGACUUUUCACUGCAGUCUGAACGGCUCAUUUCCAAUCCUCUCACCCCGCAAAAUAUCAGAUUUGUGCCACUUUCAUAUGUAGUAAUAUAUCGGAUACGUGUCUGAUUGUUUUCAAAGCGUCUGCAAUCUGAACGGUUGUGUUGUAUUUCAUCCAACUUUUACGUCUUUGACUCCCGUCGUAAUUCUGUACCAGAUGAUGAUGAUGAUGAUGAAGGCACCUGGCUUUUAUUUUAAUUGUCCACUUCCAGCUGUCAGCAAAUCCAUUUGCAUAUUUGCCAAAUAUUUUUGGUCUGUACUAAAUAUUUAGUUUUAAGCUAAAUAUUUAGCUCAAUGACAAAAUAUUUAGCUUGAUAAAUAAAUAUUUAGCUCACUAACUAGAUCUUUAGUUUUGUUUAGAAACUAAAUGGUUAGCUUGCUUACUACAUUUUGAAGUUAGCAUUUAUACAUGAAUUCUAACUGUAUAGCAAAUUUACACCAAAUUUUUGGUGUAAAUUUGGCUAUGAAAAAUGAACCCCGAUCCCCUCCCCCUCGUCUUUAUGCCAGGCUAAAGACCAAACUUCUUGUUGUUUACUUUUGACUGUGACUUUCCAAUCAGGACUCCAUAUCAGUCCACUUGUCCAUGGACAAGUUUCCAAUAAAACCAAAUCAGAAGCUGAUCACUCACCCCAAUCCUGAAUCCCUGGACUGGUCACCACUACUGCCGUCGUAUCUUCAGUUAAAAAUGUUGGUUGUGCAUUUGCAUUGAAUGGCACUCAGUACUACCUACCUACUAGCAUUGUCGAGAGAGACAUUGACAUUAUUCUUGGUAUUAUGGUUUGGGGGGCCACAGGAGCCAGGUUCUCCCAUGUUUCUUCUCAGCUUCAGAUCCAGUGAAGAUUUUCUGGAUCUUAAGGGUCCAGCUACAUGUGCUGGAGUGGUAGCAUUGACUGUAUGACUCUUGAUUUGUAUCAAAUUAUUUCUUAAAUUUGCCCCACUCACAUCUGUGAGCUCGUGCUGCCAACUCGGUUAUCCAUGUGGUCAGAUACUGUAGUCACUGCAUUAUGGCUACACAUGAGCUUUCCACUGGUUAAUUUCCCACCACUCUGUGGUCGUCUAGCUCUUUUUGUCAAUGGCUGUACAAAGUUAGAGAAACUACAACUUGACUGAAAUGCAGUUAUGAUUGUGAAAAAGUAUUCUGGCUUUGCUUCUUUUGUCACAUUUGAAUGUUUCAGACCAUCAAACUAAUUUUCAUAUCAGACUGAGAUAACCUCAGGUGUAUCAGGCGUUUUGCUGACAUAGGGGGAAUUUUUGAAAUGUGUGCUGUUUUACACAUCUUACUGGUGCAGUAUUUCAGAAAAAAGAAGAUUAUGCUAACUUGGUAGUGGAAGUAGUUUGAUGGUCUGGAACUGUCAAACUAGACAGACAAUUGUAAUUGUGAUUUAUUAAGUGCAUACUUUUGGCUCCCUAAAAGAAAAUCCCAAAGGAAAAUGUCCAGGCCAAUUUAGAUGAUGUACCAAGACCGUAAACAAGCCGUCGAUGUUCUAAAACUGUCCCUUGUGGCUAACUUUAAACAAUAAAGGGCCAACAGUGUGGCAGUUGAUAUCAACCAAGUACAAUCAGUUAUUAGACAUCACAUUUUCAUGGAGGCCAGGUUGGUUUGGACAGGUACUUUCCCAUGUCAUCAUUUGAAAACUGAUUUUCAAAGACUGACCACUGCCUAUUCACAGUUUAAUAUUCACAGCUUUACUAUGAAACGUAACUGCAAAUUAUUUGCGAGAUAUUUGCCUGUUCUAUUUAGUUUUUUGUAAAUAUUAACAGAAAUUGAAACUGUGGAAGCUGAAAUACCUCAGCACAAUACCACUAGACUUGCUUACAGCUCUCGUUUGCAGAGCAGCCAAUCCGGAAGCAUCAUUCAUUUUCCUUGGUGCUGAUUGCCUGUACCACCAUGAACUGAGAUAAGGAAAUCAUUUGAUGUUUGAUCCUGCUGUAGUGCUACGACGGCUUCCAUUGUGUGUAUUGAUACACAUUUAAGUAUAUUUGGUGUCCGAACUAUUAAAAUAAGCAAUUGUAAAUGUUUUUAGAGGGGAUUUCCAGUAUUUGCAAAUAGCGGCCAUAAAGUACAUACCAUAAUUUACUAGUUUAUAAAUUAAAUUAUACACUACUGAAAUCUUGUCGUUUUCUCUGUCCUCCUUUGGAAAUAAAAAGAAAAAAAUCCAAUCAACAGAUGCGGAUCUUUAAUCUCAAAAACAUUUUGGUGUGACAAAAAACAGCAAAAACUGAAAAAAUGUCUAACUUUGGGAAUACUUUUUCACAGCGAUGUACCUCUGCAGGAUUGAUAUAAAAAAAAAAAACAGUGUUGAAUAAAUACACUACAUCUUCCUUUGUUAUACUAUUUUUAGGUGGUUGCUGAAGGAUGCUUUUGAGUUCGUCCUUAAAAUCAAAGUUGCUUGGACUUGGGAUGCAAAGAAUUAUGACAAACUGUCAGAAGUUGAUUAGUUCAUCCCAAUUAACUAAAAAUGUCCACUUAAACCUUAUUUUAUUGUUGCAGUGUGGCCGCCAUCCAGAAGAGGGCACCGAAGGUCGUUAUUGAAAGUGAAUUAAAGAUGGCGGGGUAUUCCAGUACAGGAUAAAGAAACGGGCCAGAGGGUCUCUGGUGUGUGAUUUAAAGAUUAUGCGGUUCUUUUUUGUUACAAGACAAAAAUCUGGGUUUUAAAAAAGUGGCGACUUAUCAAGUAAUUGUUAAUUGAUCAAUAAGAACAAUUAGCUUCAGAUUAACUCCCUAAUUGAUAACUUGCAUCCCCAGCUUGGACAGAAGGUGGGUGAUGAUGAUCCUGGAAAGCCUACAGAAGAGGGCCGUCCUUCAAAAAACACAAAUUAUUGUAGUAAUUCUUCAUUUACGGUGGACUCUAUCAACACAGAUCUCAUCCAUUUAGUAAUUCAUGAUGUUUUGUUAAAAUGGCAGCCAACAUGAGCCCAUUCUUGUGCUGUAUUAUUAGAAGUAUACCUGCAGUGCUUUACUGACCCCUGAAGGGCUGCCACACAAACUGAAACCCAAACAAACAGACAGACAGAUGUGGGAUGAUGAAACUCACCCAGCCUCUGAUUAACAACACGAGGCUCUUGUUUUGCGCUUAUGCUGUAAAGUCUUCCAGAAAUUGAUUUAUCCAUGUCUCAUCUGAAGCAGAAGUUUGUUUUGUGGGUUUGCUGGAGACAUGAACCCAUAUUACAUGGCAGCAUAAAGUUGAAUUUAUGCUGCCUUGCAUUAAUACAACUGGAUGUAUCUGUAUUUGGCCUCCUCCGCUUGCACCCUUUGGAUUAUUGCUGCAACAGUUUUGGGGAUUCAGUCAUUAAAUAUUAACAAUGUGA